AGAGCUUCCUUCAUCCAUUACAUACCUCAUUGGGCUCGAGAAAUUAUAUUUGAGAUGGUGCGAAAGCCUUGUGCAUCUUCCAAUGGACAUUUUUCAGAUGGAACGUCUAGAGGAAGUUGAUGUCCUUUAUUGUCCAAAUCUUGUAAAUUUUGGAAAGGAGGUGGGGCAAAAUGGACAAUCCAUGCUAUGUACACAGGCAUUGCUCCUAUUGCCGCCUCCAAAAUCAAAUUUUAGUUUGAGGAAAUUAAGUUUAUCUCGUAGUGGUAUUGUCAGCCUUCCUCCAUGGAUAAAAGGACUUGUUGGAUUGUCUCGCCUUGAUUUGGAAGGCUGCAAGCAACUUAAAGAAAUUCGACAACUUCCACCAAAUAUAGAAGUGGUACAUGCUCCAAAAUGUAUAAGAUUAUUUGAGAUUCAUGAUUCUGUUGGACUUUUAGAUAAGCUUGUUGAAUUGAGAUUGAAAGGAUGUUCCAGGCUAAAGAAUUUGCCAAGAAGCUUCAAGUUGAGAUCUCUAAAAGUACUUGAACUUGAAGGUUGUACAAGCCUUGAAUACUUUCCUGAAAUUGAGUGUGAAAUGGGACAUUUGAAAUGUGUCCGGUUACAAAGCACUAUAAUACAGGAGCUACAUUCAUCCAUUACAUACCUCACUAGCCUCAAGGAGUUAUAUUUGAGAGGGUGCAAAAGCCUUGUGCGUCUUCCAAUAAACGUUUUUCAGUUGGAAAGUCUAUGGGCAGUUAACAUCACUAAAUGUCCAAAUCUUGUAAAUUUUGAAAAUGAGGUGGGGCAAAAUGGACAAUCCAUGCCAUGUACACAUGAAAAUGAAAUUUCAUUAAGUAUGGAGUUGUUCCCAUUACUGCCUCCCGAAUCAAAUUUAUCUCGGACAUUUAAUUUCUCAUCUAGUUUGAGUUAUUUAACUCUAUCUAAUAGUGGUAUUGUUAGGCUUCCUCAAUGCAUCGAAGGACUUGUUGGAUUAUGUGAACUUGAUUUGGAAGAUUGCAUGCAACUUGAAGAAAUUCUACACCUUCCACCAAAUAUAGAAGAUGUAAAUGCUCGACGAUGUGUGUUAUUGGAACGCUUUUAUCAUUUAUCAACAAAAUCUUCAUUCGGUACACCCGACUUAGAACGGCUAAGCAGGAUUGACUUAUCGGAGUGCAAUAAAGUGCAUGUGGAUGUAGGGAAUUAUGCGCCAAAUCCAUUAUUGGUUCAGGAACGUUUUUGGGAGAAAGAUUCAAGUAUGAUUAUAUAUCCAGGAAGUAGGAUUCCAAAGUGGUUCAAGUAUUCGAAGGAGACAACUUCAUAUAGUAAUUCUUGCGAAAUAGACAUUCUUGAUCAUAAUGCGUCCAUGUGUGGGCAUGAUCAAAUCGUGGCAUUAGUUUUGUCUUUUGUUGUAAGACCUCUUCCGGAAAGAACUUCUAUUACAAUAAAGUACGGCCAACAGAAAAUUACAAAUGAUACGUGGCUACGGCCUUCAAUGGACCCACAUGAUCGUGCAUGUCUACAAUACAUAGUUGGGAAUUCUUUUGAUCAGAUGCUGUCAAGAAGUUACAGGGAGGGGAAUAAUAUGAGGUUUACAUUUGGAAGUGAUUCAAAGGAAGCAAUCUUCAAAAGUGCGGGAGUCCAUCUAAUAUACAGGAAUGAAAGUUCUUCUAACGCAUCGCCGGGAGCCCUCUCCUCUGCUUCCUCCUCCAAUUCCUCUUCUUUACCCUCUCAAUGGAGUUAUGAUGUAUUCUUGAGCUUUCGAGGUGAUGAUAUCCAUUAUGGUUUUAUUAGUCAUCUUUAUAGUGCUUUGAAUCGAAAGGGAAUCAGCACUUGCAUAGGUGACAAGCUUAGAAGAGGUGAAGAAAUUUCACCUGCACUUUUUAAGACGAUUGAAGAGUCAAAGAUUUCGAUUGUUCUAUUUUCUAAAAACUAUGCAUCACCUAUAUGGUGUUUGGAUGAGCUGAUGAAGAUCCUACAGUGUAAAGAAUCAAAGCAACAUAAGGUUUUACUGGUAUUUUACAAAGUCAAGCCAUCGACAGUACAACACCAAAUAAAUAGAUUCAAAGAUGCGUUGGAUAAACAUGAAGACAGGUUCAAGGAUAAUGCUAAGGUUCAGAGGUGGAAGGCUGCCUUAAAACAAGCUGCCGAUAUAUUUGGUUUGCAUUUAACUUGCGAUGAGAACACAUGUGAAUUUAUCAAGAAGAUUGUUCAGGAGGUCUCAAUCAUGCUACCAAAUCAUACAUGCUUCCAUGUUGCCAAUUAUCCGGUUGGGUUAGAGUCUCGUAUAAAAGAUAUUGAUAUGCUCUUACAGAUUGAGAUGGUUAAUGAGACCCGCAUGAUAGGGAUCUUCGGUAUUGGGGGAAUUGGUAAGACCACUAUUGCAAAAAAGAUGUAUAACCUCAUUGCUGAUCAGUUUGAAGGGAGUUGUUUUCUCGGAGAUGUUAGAGGAAAGUCAAAACGAGGUAAGAGUGGUCUCAUCCAACUUCAAGAGAAAAUUCUUCAUGAUAUCCUAAGAGAUCCAAAUGUUGAGGUUGGUCAUGUUGAUCAAGGAAUCAAUUUGAUACAGGAGAAACUUUGCCGUAAAAAGAUCCUUUUGGUUCUUGAUGACGUUGAUGAUCCGGACCAAUUAAAAUAUCUAAGUGGGAGAUCCAAUUGGUUUGGAUUGGGAAGUCGAAUAAUCAUAACAACAAGAGAUAAGCGUCUACUAGUGCAGCUUGAUUUUGGUAAUUGGAAAACAUAUUCUAUGAAUACAUUGGAUCCUAAAGAUGCUCUUAAGCUCUUUUCUUGGCAUGCCUUCAGGCGUGACCAACCGGAUAAUGGUUUUGUGAAACUCACAAAACUUGCACUGCAAUAUGCUGGUGGCCUUCCACUCGCUUUGAUUGUCGUGGGCUCAAAUCUACGUGGAAGAGAUAUACGUUUUUGGGAAAGCGAAUUGAAAAAGUAUAAAAGAAUUCCAACUGGAAAGAUCUAUGAAAUACUCAAAAUAAGUUUCGAUGGAUUAGAGGAUUGUGAACAAAAAUUUUUCCUCAAAAUUGCACGUUUCUUCAAAGGAGUCGAAAGAGAAUAUGCCACUAGACCGGACAAUCAUUAUUUCUUGUCUAAUGCCGGUAUCGAAGUGCUCAAGGAUAAAUGUCUCAUUACUAUUGAUCAAUUUGACCGAUUGAUGAUGCAUGACCUGCUAGAAGAUAUGGGUAAAAAAAUUCUUCGACAGAAACGCAAGCGCAAUAUAUUAUACUUACACGAAGAUGUUCAUGAUGUACUUGAAGAAAAUACGUACGAAAUUAACAAGUAUAGAUUUCAGUGGAUCUAAAUACUUGACAAAAAUAUCGGAUCUUUCAAGUUGCUCAAAUCUAGAGAAGUUGAUUUUUGAUGAAUGUGAAAGUUUAGUUGAGGUUGAUGAUUCUGUUGGAUAUUUGGAUAAGCUUGUUGAAUUGAGAUUGGCACGAUGUUCCGGCCUAAAGAAUUUUCCAAGAAGCUUCAAGUUGAUAUCUCUAAAAGUACUUGAACUUAAAGGUUGUACAAGCCUUGAAUACUUUCCUGAAAUUGAGUGUGAAAUGGAACAUUUGAAAUGUGUCCGGCUACAUAGCACUGUAAUACAGGAGUUACCUUCUUCCAUUACAUACCUCACUGGGCUCGAGGAAUUAUAUUUGGGAUGGAGUGAAAGCCUCUUCCAUUAAACAUUUUUCAGUUGAAACGACUAGAGAGAGUUAACAUUAAAUUUUGUCAAGAGUUUGUAAAUUUUGGAGAGGAGGUGGGGCAAAAUGGACAAUCCAUGCCAUGUACAUAGGAAAAUGAAAUUUCAUCAAGUAUGGAAUUGCUCAAAUUGCCGCCUCCAGAAUCAAAUUCCAGUUUGAGGUAUUUAAGUCUAUUUUGCUGUGGUAUCGUUAACCUUCCUCCAUGCAUUGAAGGACAUGUUGGAUUGUGUGAGCUUGAUUUGGAAAACUGCAAGCAACUUGAAGAAAUUCUACACCUUCCACCAAAUAUAGAAGAGUUAAAUGCUUUUGGAUGCGGGUUAUUGGAAUGCUUUUCUCAUGUAUCGACAGAAUCUUCAUUCGGUACACCGGACUUAAAUGGCUAAGAAGGAUUAACUUAUCAGAGUGCAAUAAAGUGGAUGUGAAUGUAGGGAAUCAUGCGCCAAAUCCAUUAUUGCUUCUGGAACGCUUUCGGGAGAAAGAUUCAAGUAUGAUUUUAUAUCCAGGAAGUAGGAUUCCAGAGUGGUUCAAGUAUUGCAUGGAGACUACUUCAUAUAGUAGUUGUAUUGAAAUAGAAAUUGAUCAUAAUGCGUCCACCCGUGGGCAUCAGAUCGUGGCAUUAGUUUUGUGUUUUGUUGUGGGUCCUCUUCAGGAAAGAACUUCUAUCACAAUAAACGGCCAGCAGAUAAUGAGGUUAUGGACUUCAAUGGAUCAUCAUCGUGUAUGUCUAAAAUACAUGGCUGCAAAUUCUAUUGAUAAGAUGCUGUCAAGAAGUGACAGGGAGGGGAACAAUAUGAGGUUUACAUUUGGAAGUGAUUCAGAGGAAGCAAUCUUCAAAAGACCAGCAAUCUUCAAAAGAUCAGCAAUCUUCAAAAGUGUUGGAGUCCAUCUAAUAUACAGGAAUCAACUUUCAAAGACAACAUAUAAUGAGGUUAUGGACUUCAAUGGAUCAUCAUCGUGUAUGUCUAAAAUACGUGGCUACAAAUUCUAUCGAUAAGAUGCUGUCAAGAAGUGACAGGGAGGGGAACAAUAUGAGGUUUACAUUUGGAAGUGAUUCAGAAGAAGCAAUCUUCAAAAGAUCAGCAAUCUUCAAAAGUGUUGGAUUCCAUCUAAUAUACGGGGAAUCAACUUUCAAAGAGAUACUAAGAUGAUGGUGAGAAUGACUUGGAACCCGAUUGGAACCCACAACAGAAGAGGCGGGGGAUCUUCAAACAGCUCUAGCAUUAUGAAAAUUCAGGGAUGCUAAUGAUGAUUUAAGUAAUGAAGAUUUGGAUUUAGAACUUCGACUUGGUUCGGAAAGGAAUCAAAGUUGCAGAAGGAAUCAAAGUUGGGAAAGAACUAUAACCAUAACAGAGUUUAAAGGAAUAUUGAAACAGGUUCAAAGGCCUCAAAGAAUAUGUUUUUAGACCAAGACUAGAUCUGUAAAGGGAGAUUUAAGUGCCUUGAAAGCUAUGUUUUACAGACCUAAUGACCAUAAGAAGGGUAAGUUGAAUAAGGUUAGAAUUGUACAGCAUAACAUAAAAGGAAUGAGAAGUGCUACUUUAACUACGGUCUUUUUUAUUUUGCACCAUAAAUUAAAAAAAUUAAAAUCUAAUUUAUACCCAAAGAAAUUGCAUGUAUUUACCCAUUAAAUUGCAUAUAUUUACUCAUUAAGUAAAGUUUAUCUAUAGUACUUUAGAAUGCAAAUCAAUACUUUUUGAAGCAUAUGUUAUAAAUUAAAAAUGGUGGUGGUGGGCACUUGUUGGGGUUUGUAUCAUGUUGCUUCUUUAUCAAAAUCAAGUCUCCUUACGGCACUUAUUACUUUUGUAUUUUGGAAGAUCUAUAUCUAUCGAGGAGUGAUAUUAUUAGUCUUCCCACAUGCAUCAAAAGUGUUUUUGGACAAAACCACCUUGUGUUGACGGAUUGCCUGCAUCUUAAAGAAAUUCUAAGCUUCCACCCAAUAUAGAGCAAGUGCAUGCUAAUGGAUGCACCUCACUGGAAAGCUUUCCAGAAGCAAAAAAAUGUUCCAAUUCAAGUCUUCUCUCUCUCUUCCCUUGCCCCUUUCUCUGUGUCUCUGAUGUUUGUUUCUUUUGCUACAUGUUUGUGUGUGUUUUGAUUUAUAAUUUUAUUGUUGAGACUUUGUGAUAUAUAUUUGGAAUUGGUAGGGACAUCUAAAUGACUAUGUUGGCGGCGUUAUAUUUUAGGGAAAUACGAUUCCUGAGCUGAAUCAUGUGAAAUAAAUAUUGAUGAGAGUCUCUGUUUGGAUGAGAACAGAGGAAUUGCUCUGUGUGCUUCAUCGUUGUUAGCAUGCAUCAUAGUGUAAUUACUAAUUAAGGAUCUAAGAGAGACUGAAUGUACAGUGGUCAUUUUCAAUAUCUAUUUAUUUUUUGAAGUUUGAACCAUGUUGUACUUUUCAAUAUCUAUUUAUUUUUUGAAGUUUGAACCAUGUUGUACAUUUCCUUUAUGCUAAUAUCUAAAUGUUGAGGAUUUCUCUGAUUGUCAUUCAAUUGGAUUGCUCGAUGAGCUUGUUCCUUUCAAUCUUAAUCAAUGCAAUAGCCUCAGGAAUCUUCCCAGAAGGCUCAAGUUGAGAUCUUUAAAAUCAUUUGACCUUGAAGGUUACUCAGCCUUCAAAGCGUUCUUGAAUUUGAUUAUUCAAUGAAAACUUUAGAAUACAUUAGCCUUCCCUACUCUGCUUUCAAAGAAAUAUCUCCAUCCAUCGGGCAUCUCACUGGGCUUCGGGUUUUAUAUUUAUGAAGUUGCCAAAACCUUAUGCAUAUCUCAAAUUACAUUCUUCAGUUGGAGCAGCUAGAGACACUCUCUCUUGGAGCUUGUUCAGGGCUUGGUGAGCUUAGAAAGAAGGUGGAGGGUAAAGGACAGUGCAGUAUGCAUUUUUUUAAAGAAGCAUGAUUAUGUCAUAUUACUUGACAUCAUGAGGCAUGGGUGCUCAGCGCAUGUUUUAAAGUAUUGCAUGCAUAUUUAUCAAUCAAAACCAGAUACGAAAAAAGAUUGUGGAAUAAAUCCUUUCACUGAUAGCAUGUUUAGAACUUCAAUUGCAUUAUCUCAUGGUGACUCGUGAAUAAGCAUCCAUUGAUAUUCCAUGUAUCUUAGAAAACAUUUUCAUGGGAAAUUAGUACUCUUUUAAAGGUAUUUUUUAGUUUAAGUGACACAAAAUGAACCUAUCUCGAAUUGUUAUGCAAUGGCUAAAAUCUUGCAUUCACAGUAUGCUUGUGGAAUUUGCAGCAAAUUAAUCUCCACAACCACUUUACUGGAAUUUCAGUACAUAUAUACACCAGGAAUAUUGAAACGGGUUCAAGGCCCCAAAGACUAUGUUUUUAGACCAAGACCAGAUCUGUAAAGGGAGAUUUAAGUGCCUUGAAAACUAUGUUUUACAGACCUAAUGACCAUAAGAAGGGUAAGUUGAAUAAGGUUAGUUGUUUAGGCUAGUUGAAUAAGGUUAGAAUUGUACAGCAUAACGUAAAAGGAAUUAUAAUUUUCUUAGUCUUUUCGGGUUAACCAAAUAGGAUAUCUAUUGGACCUGAUUUCUUAUCACUUUUUUUACCUUUUCAGCUUUCUAUGAGACUAUGAUCACCUCUUCCCAUACUGGAAAGGAUGCUGGAUGAAUUGUUAUACUAGGCAUUUGAAGGUCACCAUUAAAAGGUUGAAAUUAAUGACCAAAUUUAUGUGUGGAGGGAAGAAAGAUGAGGAUGCAUUGCUACAUGUAAUGGAUGCCAACUGCAGAACAUGCCACUAUUCAAUAUCAAUACUGUUUCAUUCCAAAAGAUUGAAUUUAUUAUCAAUACCAUAAACACAAACAUUAAGAGCCUAGAUUGUUAAAUGGGUUUCUGCAACUGAAGAUCUGUCAGGUAGGGUAGAGUUUUAUUAAUCACUUUUCCUCUAGAAAAUCCUACAUAUUUAUUUUUUUUAUAAUUUUUUUUUUUUUUAUUCUUGUUCUAUCAGAAAAUGUGCACAAUGGAUGAAUCGGUUAGUUAUUAAUGCUUGCUAAAUAUGUUAUAAUUAUAACAAAAUAUGUGUAAUUAGUUAGUAAUUGGUGAUUUGUAUUUAAGCAUUCUAAUAUUGUGUAUUCCGUUCUUGCCUGAAUGGCAAAAAAAAAAAGUUGAAUUUGCUAAUUCCUUACAAGUAAUCAAUUACUAAUUGGUGAUUUCUACAAGCAAGUGCAUUCUAAUGUUGAGUUUGUAAAUACCCCACAAUUAAAGGGUCUUGCCCAAAGUGAACAUGAAUUAAUGUUCUUUUUAAAAAAAUCUGACCCCGAAUUAAUCUUUAGAAAAAAUACUUCAGCUACAAAAUGAUUUCAUAAAAGUAAAUUUACAAACUAAUAUAACUUGAUGUGGUACGUUAUGUAUCUACUUUUAUUAUAAAGUAGAUCUAACAUAUCGUAGUCAUAUCAAUUUAUAUAGUUAUUUUUAUAGGAUAUUUUUGUGACCGUAGCAUUUCUCACUUCUAUAAUCCGCCGCUUUGCAAUAGUAAAUCUAUGAUAUUUACAAUUUCAUCGAGCUUUGGGACAGACCCAACAUUUAAGUGUUUAAAUAAACAAAAAUUUCAACUUCCUUUCCUUUUCUUUUUUUUUCCCCCGUUUGUUUCAAGAAAUAAUGUCACAAUGAGUUGCCUAGAUACCAGUUAAAAGGCCUGCCAAAUUAGUGAAUAAAUUUUAUUUAUGAAGUCCAAUAUUUUCCAAAAAAAAAGAAAUAGAAAAUUUAAUCAAGACCUAUAUUUGAGUGCUGUAAAAGUUGAUGGUCAUGGUUAUUCAUCUUGCUCUACAGCUUAUCUGUUUGCAACAAAAACUCUUACAUACUUUCUGUACCAGAACUAGGAUCGCUUCUCACUUAGCUGGAAAGCAAAAAUUAAAGUGAUUCUCAAGGGUUUUCUUUCCAAUUUGAAGGUCGGCCGGAUAUAUAGUUCUCAUCUAAUACAUACAUGUACAUCUCAUGCAAAUAAAGACUUUGUCAACCUCUAAACCCAUUAAUUCCUGUGUCCCCUAACAGCCUCGCAAUCUCCUAUUCUUAGCACCCCCCUGUCUCUCUCUCUCUCAUGUCAUCAACCUUUCCACCAUUCUUCCAGGCCUUCCUAACCCUUCUGUAGCACCCAUUGUCAUUGCAGCAACCCGCUCCAAGGGCGUGCAUGCCGCCCCGAGCUAAGGCGAGUGCUAUCCUACGAAAUGGGGGCACGCACGGAUACGCCAUCGUUGCAUGCUACUAACAUGUUUUUGCAUGUCAUAUUUGUGGUCUCUUCUUCUGAGGCAUCAGAAUUAGAAGCCCUCCUAAAGCUCAAGGCCUCCCUUCACCCCAGUGACGCAUUAAUCAGCUGGAAUGGCUCAACACCACCAUGUUCUGAGCAUAAUGUAAAUUGGGUUGGUGUUAAUUGUGGGGAAGCAAAAGUUAAGGGUUUACGACUCGAGAAUAUGGGACUAAAUGGUUUCAUGGAUGUGGACUUGCUCGCGUUACUGUCGAAUUUUAGAACCAUAAGAUUCAUGAAGAACACCUUUGAUGGUCCAUUGCUGGAUUUAAAGAAGCUCAGUGCAUUAAGGUCUGUGUAUUUAUCAAACAACCAUUUUUCUGGGGAGAUUCCUUAUGAUGCUUUUUCGGGUAUGUUGCGGUUGAAGAAAGUGCAUCUGGCGCAUAAUCAGUUUGCUGGCAGUAUUCCUACAUCAUUGAUAACUUUGCCAAAGCUUUUGGAGUUAAGGCUUGAGGAUAGCCAUUUUGAUGGUCAGAUACCAGAUUUUCAAUUGAAGUCAUUGAGUUCUUUUAACGUAUCCGGCAAUGAAUUGGAGGGUCCAAUUCAAAGAGCCUUAGUGGGAUGGAUUCAAGCUCCUUCUCUGGAAAUUUAGAGCUAUGUGGAAAGCUUAUGGGUAAUUGCAACGAAGGCUCAAUUCCAAGUAUCCUAGUGAUUGUUAUACUUGCAACGAUGGCAACAGUCUGCAUAGGUAUAGUGGUCUUCAUCAACCACAAGAGGCAACCAUCUGCUCCAGUACAACCAUCAAACUUGCAAAAGAAAUUAGGCAUAAAGGAAUCGAACGAAUCAGGGCAAGACUCAACAAACCGCAGAAAUACCAACAAGGUUGAGAAUGUGAAGCUGACCUUUGUCAGGGAAGAUAGGGAAAGGUUUGAUAUGCAGGAAUUGCUUAAAGCCUCAGCUAAGAUAUUGAGCGGUGGAUCCUUUGGGUCUUUACAAGGCUGCCUUGCACAAUGGACAGGUGAUGGUUGUGAAGCGGUACAAACAAAUGAAUAAUCUGGGGAAAGAGGAUUUUCAAGAGCAUAUGAGCAAGCUAGGGAGGUUGGGACACCCGAAUCUGCUUCCUCUGGUGGCUUACUACCAUAGAUAGGAAGGAAGAGAAGCUCUUGGCAUUUUGACUAUGUGCAAAAGGCCAGCUUGGACGUUCAUCUAUAUGCUACACUGAUCUCCUUUCUAAAAUAUGUUUGCUCACAUGUGCAUGUAUAUUAGUUCAUGAAUUGGUAGGUCCUCUGUAUAUGUUUCUUUAUAAACAAAGAAUUUUUGUCAUGCAUAUACACAUACAUACAUACAUACAUACAUAUAUAUCAUAUCUGCCUCUGUUGUGUAAUCACUUUCAAUGUGUUCACUGACAUCAUUUUCAAUGCAAAGAAGCACUAUCACAUUGUCCAAUAAUACCAAUAGUCCUUCUAAUUAUAAGCCAGUUUGGAGGAAAACUUUGUCAUUCUUCAAUUUACUGUUUAUAAUUAGAAAGCAAUACUCAAUCUGGUUGAACAAAGUCCGCAAUUUUUUAUUUUAUUGUUCAUAGCCCCGAGACAACCUACAUAGCCCUUUGUUCAUGCCUCUUGCUUUUCCAUUCCUCCUCUGUUUUGUUCAAACCACAAGUCGGCAACUUAUGGCCAUUAAUUGGUCUCUCUCUGCCACAUAUUGAAGAUGUUCAACCACACCGAAUGCUAAACUCUUGGCCACGAUAUUCACAAUAAGCUCUUAGUGGGGAAGGCUUGAGGGGAUUUCUGAAAGGAGUCAUACAAGGAGUAGGUGUGGUGGAUAUAUAUAUUUUGAUGGAGUUGGAUAUAUAGCCAUUUUUAUUCUUGUAUCAAUUCUAUUAUUGCUGUCAUUCUUGUGUGCUUCUACUUUGCAAUUUGUAAAUAUUUACUGUUAUUGAA